AUGGACUUCCAAGUAUUCCUGGAUUCAUUCAAUGAAGUCCCUGAAAACGCUACUGCUCUCCAUGAAUGGGCCGCAAUUGAGCUCGAAACCAUUCGAGCCCCUGGAACUGCCCGUAAAUGGGCACAAAUCGAUAAAGAACUAGAAAUGAUUGGACCAAAACUUCUCGGCUGGAAUCCCUUUCAAUCUGAAGUUACUCUUCAUACCCUGAAGUCAUACGGUAGACUCGUUUGUAUGAAUUACCAACGCUUGGGAAUCAAAGUCCGAGCCGUUGGGAUCCGUCGCCGCUUCCAAAUCGUUUUCGCUAAGCAAAAAGAAAUACUCGACAUUACCGUACCUCGAUCUUUCAGACUAAAAGCGUUAAAUGUAAUUAAACAUUUAACGAAAGAAUUCGGUCUCUCCACUGAUGUUAUCGACCGGAAAUUCUGCGGAGUACAGGAAACUUCCUUGGCGGUCAGAUAUCUCGUUUCGAAUACCGCUAUAGAGUGCUCGGACCUGGCUGUAAUGUAUGGCCUCAUAUACAUCAUCGCAUUAUACCACGGCGUCAGGCCGGGAUCGAUUACCGUUUCGAAGGGAUACCCUGACUCUGAAACAUUGCUCUGGAAGGAUGUGAAGUUUGAGCAGAUAAAACCCGGAGUUUGGAAAAUAACAGUUAAAUACAACUGUUUGAAGAACUGUCACGACAAGGAGUCCCGCUUUCUAGAAUUGUCCCUUGAUGAACUCAAGGAUCCCGAGAAUCUCCAUUUGGAUCCAGUAAUACAAUUCUUCGCAUGGGGCAUACGCCGCGAUGUUUUUGACGGCAUUCACUCUUCCUCGGAUUUGGCGAAUUACAAAAAAAAAUAUUUGCCAGUGAAAAAAUCAAAACAAAACACUCCAGUUUUUGUGAAAGCUGUAAAAGUCGGACGAGCCCCUGCUAAACUAACCCAAAAUAGUGCUUUAAGUUCAGAGGCGUUGAUCAAAAGAGUCCAUACCGUCAAUAUCCAAAUUGGACUUCCAGAGGGCACCACGAUGACUUCUUGGAGGAAGGGUUUCGCCCGUAGUAUCCAAAGACAGUUUGGCGACGAAAUCGCCCGUGAACUGCUAGGCCACGAGCCACGCUCGAAAAUAUUAGAGCGCCAUUACCGCGGGAAACGGACAGAUUUUAAAAGUAGCGGGGUCAUCACGGGGGAGGACCCGAAGGGUGUUGGAGAUGAUAGUGCCCAUUGGGCAGGUUCAUACCAAGUUCCGGGUGUCCAGGAUGUUGCAUUGACGAAAUUGGAAAAGGCGAGCAUGCCUAAAACUACCAAAUAUAUGAAGUUGAAGCAUAAAAGGGAAGAAUACAGAGCCGGAGAGCUCGAAAAACGUGAAACCGUCGCAGGAUUAGAAAUCUCGGGAACCCGAACCAAAAAGCUAAGUUGGUCCGCUGAAGUGUUUCAAACCAUUGGCUUUGAUGAAGACCCGAUAUCGAUGGACGACGAUGGUGCCGACGUUGAUGCUUUGUUUAAAGAGCCGGCGACAGGUGUCACAUGUACACCUGAAGAUCGAUAUGGUGCUCUGGAAACCUUGAUCAAUCUAAAAAAAAUCCGAGAACUUGGGGUUUGGACUUGCCAAAUGAACAAGAGGGACGGAAGUAAAUGCGGUGCUAGGUUAGCCAUCAGCGACGCUUCUAUCGCCUCCCUGUGGUACAAAAUCUUUGACAUAUGUUUUCCAUACAGCUUCAAGACGCUUUCCCGCUUCGAGGACCAUCAAUGGUUCCAGCACGAUUAUGCCGCCCCGUAUAAAACAAAAAUUCCGGCGCAUUUGAAAAAGGAGUACGGCAAGAUUCAGGCAGAUAGAAGAAGAGUCCGCGAUCGUGCGAAGAAGGAUUUCGAAACCAAGGGUCAAAUUGCGGAGUCAAAAGAUGGGGAAAUCACUAUUGAUUUGGACGACGACUUUAUCGCGCCGUCUAAUUCUGAAAAGCCAUUCCCUCCGCAAAUAUCGCAGGCCUCCAAAAGGUAA